AUGCCAUCUCCUGUCUCGACGGAUCCUCGAGUCUUGCGGUUUCCCAGGUCUGACGAGACUGGGUCUUUUGUACUCGUCCAUGUCUCAUGUACCGGCCCUGCUCGGCUCGAUCUGAGCCUGACGGCUACCGAGGGGGAAUCGCCCUAUGUUAGCCUGGUGAAACAAUCACGCUUGAAUGAUCUUCAAGCAAAGAAUUACCAAGGAUCAGAUGAUGAAUGGGUUAAAACAGUCUCUCUCAUUCUGGGACAAUGUUCUGCCCCUGAUGAGCCGGAUUGGGCCACUGGUCUCGAAGCUUCGGCCAGUAUAUCAGGCUCUGAUGAAGACAAGGAAAUUGUGAUCACGAUACGGAAGCGAGUCCAGACUAUCACACAACGCCUGGGUGCUUUUACCCUCAAGCAAGACGAUGAACAAGCCGUCGAACUUUUUGAAUGGACAGGAAUCACAGCGGCUAGAGCUCAGAUGCUAGAGCAACAAGUAUCCAGCAUGACCGGCCGCUAUCGUCUUGCCGAAGAUACCAUACAUAGGUUGAAUGAACAGCUCGAGGAGCUCAUGCAUGCGAAGACCGAGCAUGAGAAUCGAUUGGUGGCCAAUUUUGUGCAGGUCUUGAACGAGAAAAAGCUCAAAAUUCGCAACCAGCAACGUCUUCUGGCAUCGGCUACUGUGGAUUCAACCAAAGUCUCCGAGAUACAGGCUAGCAUUCCCGGAGAGUCAGAUAGAGCCGCCGAGAGAUCUCAUUCAGCAAAGAGAAGUGCUCGCAAGAUGAGCGAUACUGACGACUCUGAUGGAUUCGAACAAAUGGAUAUUGACCCAAUAAAAACCAAUCUAGAUGCCUUCAAUACUCAAGAUACGGACGAAGAGCAUUCGACUCCUCAUCCUUCGGACGGCGAACAGAACAGUAGCACGACAGACGACGAUUCGUCUCAGGAUGAAUCUGCCCAGCUGAAGCGAGUUUCCCCAGCAAGAGACACAGCGCCGCCUCAAAGAGAUUUGCCAUUUGCUAAAAGGUCUGGCGGGCCUAUUAAGACUGCUCCAGCCCAACCCAGCAAAGAUGCCGAGGAGACUGCGGGAGAGACGGAUGAUGAUGAGCUCUAA